GGUGUCUGACCUCGCAGGGCCGGCGGCACCCCGUCGGCCCGCGCCGCGGCGGGCGGCGGCUUCCCGAGGCGGCCCCGCGAGGAGCGGCACGCGGCGGGGCGCUCCCGGGCGGCCGGUGCCCGCUGGCUGAGGCGCGCCCAUGAGAAGCAGGUGAGCCCUCUGCUGAGGGAACGAACACUCUGUGCUCCCAGGUCAGGGAAACAUGUCCCGUCGGAAACAGACCACUCCUAACAAAGUUCACUGGGAGCAAGUCUUUGCAGGGCUGGAGGAGCAAGCCCGCCAAGCCAUGAUGAAAAACAGCUUUCCUGGACCUCUUGGGGACCAAAGGCCAGCCAUUCAUCCACUACAAGACCAUGACUCCAGCAGCAGUGGCAGUGAUGAUGAUGAAACCACCCAGGAUGAAGUUUCUUCCCACACUUCUGAAGAGGAUGGUUCAAUGAUAAAAGUGAAGAAAGAGUUAGAGAAUGCAGAAAAACCUGCAGCUGGAACCCCACUGAUGAGAGACAAUGAGGUUCCUGAGAGUUUGAAUGCUGACCCUAUGCUGGGAUUGUCACAGUGUCCCCUCUGCCAGCUGGAGUGUGGAAGCAGAGAGCAGCUCAUUGCUCACGUGUACCAGCACACUGCAGCUGUGGUGAGCGCCAAGAGCUACAUGUGUCCUGUAUGUGGCAGAGCCCUCAGCUCACCAGGAUCCCUUGGGCGACAUCUCCUGAUCCACUCAGAGGACCAGCUGUCAAACUGUGCAGUGUGUGGAGCACGUUUCACCAGCCACGCCACAUUCAACAGCGAGAAGCUGCCAGAAGUGCUCAGUGCAGAUCGCCUGCCCGCACCACAAAGCGAGGGCCCCUCCAGUGUCGAGGGGAAGGACAUUGCCUUUCACACCCCUGUGUAUCCUGCGAGCAUCCUCCUAGUGUGCAACAACUGUGCUGCGUAUCGCAAGCUGCUGGAGGCACAGACACCUGGCAUGCGAAAGUGGGCGCUUCGUCGGCAGAACGAGCCCUUGGAAGUGCGGCUGCAGCGUCUGGAGCGGGAGCGCACAGCCAAGAAGAGCCGGCGGGACAAUGAGACUCCUGAGGAGCGGGAAGUGAGACGGAUGCGGGAUCGAGAAGCUAAGCGCCUGCAGCGCAUGCAAGAGACAGAUGAACAGCGGGCGCGACGGCUGCAGCGAGACCGGGAAGCCAUGCGAUUGAAACGUGCAAACGAGACCCCAGAGAAACGGCAGGCCCGGCUCAUCCGGGAACGUGAGGCCAAGAGGCUGAAACGGCGCCUGGAGAAAAUGGACAUGAUGCUCCGGGCACAGUUUGGCCAGGAUCCCUCUGCCAUGGCAGCUUUGGCAGCUGAAAUGAACUUUUUCCAGCUGCCAGUGAGCAAUGCGGAGCUGGAGAGCCAACUGCUGGGCAAAAUGACCUUUGAGGAGCAGAGCAACAGUACGCUACAUUGAGCUGCAGCCAAAGACUACCACCACUGCUGCGUCUGUCACAGGCAAACUAGCAGGCUUCUAUGCUCAGGAGGCUGUUGUGGGCUAGCUCUCCCCCACAGAUGGUUCCGAUUUUUUCCUGAACAUAGGAGGAGAACAGAGCUGAGAGAUGUCUGCCAAAGUAGCCCUGGUAGAAGCAGAUUCUGAGGAUACAGUUGGCUGUGGGGGUCAGCCACAGCCUGUGAACAGUGGGAAAAUAAAUUAAUGUUUCACAUUUG